AUGGAAAACCUCAGCAUCUCGGAACCACCUCAUCAGGGAGGAGGGGAAGGAGGCGCGCUGGGCCUGGCGCCGCCGCCGCCCGCGCAGCUACCCCCGCAGAUGUUUACGACAGCGGCACAGCUUCUCGACCUGACGGACAAGAAGCUCAUGGUGGUGCUCCGUGACGGGCGUAAACUUGUCGGUGUGCUGCGGAGCUGGGAUCAAUUCGCCAACAUUGUCCUGCAAUCCACCACCGAGCGGAUAUUCGCCCUCCUACCACAACCCGAAACCACCACAACUGACACCGCCGCUACGCCGGCGCCGGCGCCGGCGCCGCGGGGGCUGUACGCGGACAUCUUCCACGGCAUCUUCCUGGUCCGCGGUGAGAACGUGCUGCUGCUCGGCGAGAUCGACCUCGACCGCGACGACCUCCCGCCGCCGGGCUACGAGGAGGCGGAGCUGAGCCGGGUGCGGCGGCUGGCGGACGAGGCGCGGGCGCGCGACAGGCGGCGCGACAAGGCGCGCGGGCGCAAGCUGGCCAAGCUGGGCUUCGAGGGUGACGGCGCGGGCGAGAUUGUCCUGCUGUAG